GACGGCCAAUACACAACAACAUAUUAGUAAAUUUUUAAAACAUAAAAAAAGCAUAGCAAAAUUUUAACAAACGCAAAAUGGAGCAACCAGAGAUUCAAAGCGUGGGCCAGUUCCAAACGCUGGUGCGAUAUAAUAAUCCAGUCCUAGUGGUCAAACAUCCCGAUAAAAAGGGCGCACCACUCACAGAGCUGGAAAUGAAAAGGCCCCAAACCGCUGGCGCCCUGUUGGAUACUAAAAAAGAGACUGAGGAGAUUUUGAAUUCAAUUCUACCACCACGUUGCUGGGAGGAAGACGGACAACUGUGGCAACAAUCGGUGUCCAGCACUCCGGCCACACGUCAGGAUGUUAUUAACUUGCAGGAAAUGCUGGACACCCGUCUUCAGCAGACACAGGCCCGCGAAACAGGCAUUUGUCCCAUACGUCGUGAACUAUAUUCUCAAUGUUUUGACGAGAUCAUACGCCAGGUGACUAUUAAUUGUUCGGAGCGCGGCUUGUUGCUUCUACGCAUUCGUGAUGAGAUUGCCAUGUCUAUGGAGGCCUACGAGACGCUCUAUUGUAGCUCCGUGGCCUUUGGCAUGCGCAAGGCUUUGCAGGCACACGAGGAAAAGGAAAUGUUACGUGAUCGUGUUAAGUCCUUGGAACUGGACAAAGAGGCCCUUGAGGAGAUUAUUGCGGAUAUGAAGCUCAAACAGGAGCAAUCAGAGCGUCGCAAUGCCGAGUUGCGAGCCUCGGAGGAGAAGAAGUUCACGGAGGAAAUUCAAUUCCUUAAGAAAACAAACGCACAACUGAAGGCACAACUUGAGGGCAUUACGGCGCCAAAGAAGUAAACCGUUCAUUAGAUUAUCAAAUAAAAUGUAUGCGCGUGUGUUUAUUUGUGUGUGUAUUUGUCAGAUUGAAUGUAUUGUUAACAACUAUUUAAAUUAAAUAAUUGGCCAGCAGCUAA